AUGGGGUUUUAUACGAAUAGGGGAGUGAAUGAAGAUUUGGAUGAAAUCCAGAGUUAUGAAGACUUUAGAACAAUUGAUUGGGUUCAAGAUUCGGUUCAAAACUACUCAAGAACAAAUCGUAGAUAUUAUUUGCAUCAUAGGCGUUUAAAGGAAAAAAAAUGGAUAUAUAAUGUAUUUCAUAUAUGUAGACAAGUAUUUGAUGAUAUUCAAGUGUGGGUUAUUAUUACGGUUGUUGGUAUUCUUAUUGGUUUAAACGCAACCUUUAUUGGUAUAACGACAAAAUGGCUUUCAGAUAUAAAGCUUGGAUAUUGUUCUUCUGCGUGGUAUUUGAGUCAGGAAUUUUGUUGUUGGGAAUCAGGAAAAACAUGUGAUGAUUGGCAUUCAUGGUCAAGCUUUUCGCCUUUUAAUUUUUUUUAUUAUAUUGUUUUUGCUGCUCUUUUUUCUUUUUUAAGUGCAUUUUUAGUGCAAUCAUAUGCACCUCAUGCUGCAGGAUCAGGGAUAUCUGAAAUAAAAUGUAUUGUUGGUGGAUUUGUUAUGAAAGGGUUUUUGGGAUUUUGGACAUUAUUAAUAAAAUCUGUUGGACUUAUAUUGGUUAUUGCAUCUGGACUUAGUAUAGGUAAAGAAGGGCCUUUUGUUCAUGUCGCACUUUGCAUUGGACAUCUUAUUAGCAAAUUUUUUGAAAAAUAUAAAAUUCAUUCAACAAAAUUAAGAGAAAUUUAUUCUGCAUGUUCAGCAGCAGGUGUUGCUGUUGCUUUUGGUAGUCCUAUUGGUGGUGUUAUAUUUUCUUUGGAAGAAAUAUCAUCUCAUUUUCCAACGAAAACAAUGUGGAGAAGUUUUUUUUGUGCUUUGGUUGCAACAGCUGUGUUAUCUACUAUGAAUCCUUUUCGAACAGGACAAUUGGUCAUGUUUCAAGUUCAUUAUAAUAGAAGUUGGCAUUUUUUUGAAAUUAUAUUUUUUGCAAUUCUUGGAGUAUUUGGAGGACUAUAUGGCGCAUUUGUAAUUAAAUGGAAUCUUCGUGUUCAAGCUUUUCGUCGGCAUUACCUUUCUAAUUUUGCUGUAUCUGAAGCAACUAUUUUUGCAAUAAUAACUGCUAUUCUGAGUUAUGGUAAUGCGUUUUUGAAAAUAGAUAUGACGGAAAGUAUGAAGAUUUUAUUUAGGGAAUGCUCUAAUGAUUUGGAUUAUGAUGGUAUAUGCAAGAAUUCUUCACAAGCAAGAAUAAUAAUUUCGUUAAUUAUUGCUACUAUUAUAAGAAUAUGCUUGAUAAUAGUAUCAUAUGGUUUAAAAAUACCAGCAGGAAUUUUCGUACCAUCAAUGGCAGUUGGUGCAACAUUUGGUCGCUUCUUAGGUAUAUUUGUUUCAGCUUUUCAGAAGAAAUUUCCUAAUUUUAUACUUUUUUCUGCAUGUGACCAAGGUGUUCAUUGUAUAACUCCGGGAACAUAUGCUUUUCUUGGUGCUGCUGCCACGUUAAGUGGAAUAAUGCAUAUUACAGUAUCUGUUGUUUUAAUUAUGUUUGAACUUACUGGUGCUUUGACGUUUAUACUUCCAACAAUGAUUGUAGUUGGGAUUACAAAAACUGUAUCUGAUCAUUUUAGGACGGGAGGAAUUGCUAAUAGAAUGAUAUGGAUUAAUGGUUUUCCUUAUUUAGAUUCUAAAGAACAUUAUUUUGGUAUUCCAGUCGAAGAUAUUAUGACACAAAAUUUAAUUGUUAUUCCAUCUAAUGGAUUAAGUUUACAAGAACUUGAAACUAUUUUGAAUUCUAAUGUUAAAGGGUUUCCAGUAGUAACUGAUCGAGAAUCUAUGUUAUUAUUAGGAUUCGUUAAAUCUAAUUAUUUACAAUGGGUAUUAGAUAAAAUUAAAUCCACAAAUGAAGUAUUGCCGACGACCCGUUGUUUUUUUUCAAUGCCUGAAAAUAAAUCUGAAUCUAAUAAUUUUUCAAAAUCUUUUGAUAUUUUAGAAAAUUAUUCUAGACCUAUGACUUCUUUGAAUCUUUCUUAUUGUGUUAAUGCUGCUCCAUUAACAGUUCAUCCUCAACUUCCACUAGAAAUAGUUAUGGAAUUGUUUCAGAAAUUAGGGCCAAGAAUAAUACUUAUUGAGAAAUAUGGUCAACUUUGUGGUCUUUUGACACUAAAGGAUAUGCUUAAAUAUAAAUAUAAGGUCGAGUAUGCUGAAAAUCCUGGGGAUUUAUCUUCCAUUAAACAAGAUGAGGAACAAAUUUUGGAAAUUUUACUUAAAAUUGCCACCUGGAUGAAAAAUACUAUUUUAAAAUGUUCAAGAAAAUAUUCGAGAUCAUCCGAAAUUGAAUUGGUUUUACAUAAUCGUAAUUAA